AUGAGUACAGAUGGCUUUAAACAUUUUUUUUGUUUUUUUUUUAAAUUAGCCCAUUUUGCAUACUUCCUAAUAUGCCCUUGGCGUUUUCAGAAGCCCGCCACCCAAAUUUCCUACGCGGAAAACCCAUCUCAUUUCAAUUCAAAUUUGGGGAUAAAUAAGGAGACUGCUACUGUCUGCACAUUGAUAGCAAACAGAGUGAUGCAGACGGGAUACGAGCACGGGAAAGGUCUGUCUCCGUUACCCGGAGGACCGAAUGUAGGUAUCCCCAACUCUGGAAAACGUCCAUGGGGUGGUAGCUCUAGCAGCAGGGUCGAUUGCGAUGUUGUGACUGCGACGCCGAGGAACAAGUUUCGCAAGGGGGAAAGAUCGAGACGAAUGUGGACUCCGCAGGAGGAAGAAAUACUAGCCGCGACAUUGCUAGACCUCACUGCGACAGGCUGGAAAUCGGACAACGGUUUCAGGGCGGGGUACCUAAGUAAGAUAGAGGACAGCCUCCGUGCCGAGUUCCCCAACACGGACUUGAAAGGAAACCCGCACAUCAACUCCAAAAUCGGGGCGUGGAAGAAGAGUUAUGGCCUUCUCCGAUCCAUACUGAGUCGAACUGGGGUAGGGUGGAACCAUCACGGUGAUCACAAGUUUGAUUGUAGUGAUGAACAAUGGGGACAGAUUGUGCUGGCAGACAAAGAGGCCAAAUUUAUGCGGAACAAAUCGUGGCCAUUGUGGGAGACGUGGAAGACUAUAUUUGGCAAGGAUCGUGCUUCAGGGCUGGCUGCUGAAGAGAUAGGUGCAGCUGCGAAAAGUCUCCGUGCCCAGUUUGCUGGAGGCAGCCAGGUUAACGAAAACGACUACCACCUCUCCUUUGAAGAUUUCAUCCCUGAACCGUAUACACCGGUGUCCAACAACAAUGAGUUGCACGAUGACAGCUCCGACAAUAGUGGGAAACAGGCGUCGACUACCAAAACUAUACCUCCGAAGAGGAAAAAGCCAUCCCCUGAUGCAGAGCUUAUGGAGUUCCUAGGCAACCUCCAUGAGAGAACUGAUGCGCGGCUUGAGAUGAUUUCUAAACGCAUUGGAUAUGAGUUCGACAUGGGUCAAGCACGACAGGAAGUGUUUGAUAAGCUCGGCACCGUUGAAGGCCUUACACUGCCCCAACGCAAUCGUCUGUGUAAUAUUUUGGGUGACAAACCUCAACGUCUUGAAGUUUUCAUUGGCAUGCCGUCCAAUGCUCGUCUUGGCUAUCUCCUAUGCCUUAUCGAGGACGAACAGAAGAAAGGCUGACUAAAGCACAUCAGAGUAUGAUUUAGUCAGCACUACUAUCUUUUGCCAAUGCAUUUAACCUUAUUUCCAUGCUAUUGCACAUAUAACUUAUCUUUUGACAACUAAAUGACAUGGUUUAUGUAAACUUCGUCAACUGAUUCACUAGGCAUAUUACAUAUGAAGUAAUUACAGUUUCAGAUA